AUGUUUAAAUAAAAUUCAUUCUGUAAGAUAAUUCCUAAUUUUGAGAAAUCACGUCAUAAGGGAUAAAAUGGGAAGAUUGCAAGUAUAGGUGGAUCAUUAGAAUAUACAGGAGCUCCUUAUUAUGCAGCAAUAUCUUCUUUAAAGGGAGGUGGUGAUUUAGCAUAUAUAUUUUGUACUAAAUCUGCUGCAAUUCCAAUAAAGAGUUAUAGUCCUGAAUGUAUAGUAUAUCCUUACUUAUUGGAGGAAGGGGAAGAAUAAUAGUUAGAUGAGAUGAUAAAUAAAUUAAUAUGUUAAACAAAGAUUAUGCAUUCAUUAAUAAUAGGUCCAGGAUUAGGAAGAGAAUAAAUAACUAGUAAAAUAUUGGAGGAAAUUUUUAAAUAAAAUAAUAGUAUAAAGAUUUUAGAUGCUGAUGCUUUAUGGCAUAUUUCAUAGAAAUAAAAUAAAUUAAUUAGAAUAAUAUAAGAAAAGAGUGAAUAAUUUAUAUUGACUCCAAAUGCAAUGGAAAUAAAACGUUUAUUGGAGUAUUUUGAAUUGGAAUAUAUAAAGCCUGAUUAUGAUAGGAUAAUUGUAAAAUAGUAAUAGUAAUAAUUUGAUGAUUAUUAAUAAUAAUAAAGGAUGUAACAGGAUGGAUUUAUAAAUUACAAAUAAAUUGUAAUCGAUUGUGGCUAUCCAGGAUUGAUGGCUGAAUUAAGUAGAAAAAUGAACAAUGUUAUAAUUGUAUCAAAGGGUUAGAAUGAUAUUAUAACAAAUGGAAAAGUGGGAUAUGCAAUAGAUAUGGUAGGAUCAAAUAAAAGAUGUGGAGGUUAAGGUGAUAUAUUGAGUGGAUUGAUAGGAUUGUAUUCUUAUUGGGCUUAAGAAUAAAAUAUAGAUAAGAUUGAGGGAUGUAUUUUAGGAAGUGUAGUUACAAGAGGUGCUGCAAAAAGGGCAGAAAAUAAAGAGCAUUUCUCAUUGACUACUCCUAAAAUUAUAGAUCAUAUUGGAGAUACUCUUUAUAGUAUAGUUUGUGGUUAAUGA